AUGGAAUGGACUAGAGGAAGAAUCCUAGGCCGAGGCUCCACAGCCACCGUCUGCGCCGCCACGUAUCACAAUUCAAACGAAACCAUCGCCGUUAAGUCCGCCGAGCUUCACCGAUCAGAGUUCUUGCAAAGAGAAGCCAAGAUCCUCUCGUCGUUGAAUUCUCCGUAUGUGAUCGGAUACAGAGGAUCAGAGACCAAGACAGAGUCAAACGGCGUCGUUACGUAUAACAUUUUGAUGGAGUACGCACCGUACGGUACGUUGACCGAAGCGGCGGCGAAAAACGGAGGCCGACUCGAGGAGGCUCAGGUCGUUAAGUACACGCGCCAGAUACUGCGAGGACUUGAGCAUGUUCACUCGGAGGGAGUCGCGCAUUGCGAUGUCAAGGGGAGCAACGUGGUUGUUGCGGAGAAAGGUGAGGCCAAGAUUGCGGAUUUCGGGUGUGCGAAACGGGUCGACACGGAGUUGGACUCGCCGGUGAUGGGAACGCCGGCGUUUAUGGCUCCAGAGGUGGCUCGUGGGGAAAAACAGGGGAGGGAGAGUGAUAUAUGGGCGGUUGGGUGUACGGUGAUUGAGAUGGUUACGGGGUCUCCGCCGUGGACGGAGGGGGAUGAGAGGGAUGAUCCGGUUUCGGUUCUCUAUCGGGUCGGGUAUUCGGGUGAGACUCCGGAGCUGCCUAGUUUGCUUACGGAAGAAGCAAAGGAUUUCUUGGAGAAGUGUUUGAAGAGAGAAGCGGAGGAGAGAUGGACCGCGACUCAACUACUAAACCAUCCGUUCUUGUUAACUAAACCGGACAUUGAAACGGUUUUUGUUUCCGGUUUUGUUUCUAGCUCACCGACAAGUGUGACAGAUCAAACGUUUUGGAGAUCAGUGGAGGAAGAAGUCGAACAAGAAGAAGAAGAAACAGAGGAAUUACAGGAGUAUUCGAGAGAUCUAGACCGUUUAAACUUGUGGGCUUGUCAUUUGGAGAAGAUCGGACGGCUGAGAUGCGUUGGUGGGUUGGAUGGGCCCAGAUGGGAUAUGGAAGGUGAGGAUUGGAUCACGGUGAGAGUGAGUUGUGAAGGAACAAUGAUUAGUGGGUCACAUGAGGAAUUGAUUAUUGGAGAAAAUGUAUUUGGGGGAUUGUAA